AUGAGCGAUAUAGCGGAUCUCACAGCUAAGACGUACGAGAUAACACGUCUGAUACCCCACGGACGAGUGACGAGCUAUGGUCAUAUAGCGAAGUUAGCUGGUUAUCCAAAGUACUCAAGACACGUAGGAAACGCUCUCAAGGCUUUACCUCCCAAUACAGACAUACCCUGGCAACGAGUGAUCAACUCCAAAGGUCUCAUCUCACCUCGAGCGGAUCUAGGUCUAGGUGUAGCAAGGCAGAAAGACAGAUUAGAGAAUGAGGGUAUACAGGUUGAUACGCUAGUGGGUAAUGGGGCCGAAAAAGUAGAUUUGAGAUUGUUUGGGUGGUUCCCCGAGAGUUUGGAUGAGGUGGAUCAGCUGAAUCAAUGA